CUACCUGUGAAACACAAUGUAACUGUUCUUCACACAGAUCAAGAUGCAUCUCUUCACGGUGACAGCGUUGCUGCUGUCUGCUUUUCUGUCCUUGAGCUCAGGGGGCAAAGUGCUGGUCUUCCCCCUCGAGGGCAGCCACUGGGUGAACAUGAAGGUCAUCAUUGAGGAGCUGCACUCCCGAGGACACAACAUCACCGUAGUGAGACCUUCAGACAGCUGGUACAUCAAAGAGGACUCUCCCUACUACACUGCCAUAACACUACCUACCGCUGGAGGAACUGAUGAGGAGUUCUUCACUUCUUUUGUGACCAAACUUUUAAUAAUACGGAAAGAGCAAAGGAUUUGGAGCCAGCUGAUGUUUGAGUUUGAAAUAAUCACUAAGCUGUCAGAGAUGCAUCGACAAAUGUGUGAGAUGAUGGUAAAGAUGUUUGAAGACAAAGCCCUCAUGAAAUCACUGAUGGAUACUAAGUUUGACAUUCUGUUGACUGAUCCAGGUGUAGGAGGGGGAGUCUUCUUAGCUCGACGUCUUAAUCUGCCAAUGGUGUUUAAUGUCAGGUGGACAGUACAUGGAGAGGCCCACUAUGCCAUUGCUCCCUCCCCUGUCUCCUACGUCCCCUACCCAAGAACAGAAAUAACAGACAGGAUGACAUUUAUUCAGAGAGUUCAAAAUUUGAUUGCAUGGACCAUUGGUUUUUAUCAGUGGCAAAAGAUUGUUGCUCCCCACUACACAGCUUUUGUCAAACGUUACUUUGGCCCUGACGUCGACUACUUCUCCCUGUUCCAGGAUGCCGACAUCUGGCUCAUGAGAAAUGACUUCACCUUUGAGUUCCCACGCCCUACUAUGCCCAAUGUGGUGUACAUGGGCGGAUUUCAAUGCAAACCUGCUAAACCACUUCCUGUUGACCUGGAAGAGUUUGUCCAAAGUUCAGGGGAACAUGGAGUCAUCAUCAUGUCCUUGGGAACUCUGGUUGCAGAUCUUCCGAGUGACAUUACCGAGGAGAUAGCUGCUGGUUUUGCACAAAUUCCCCAAAAGGUCAUUUGGAGACACCAAGGGCCCAAACCAUCCACUCUUGGCAACAAUACCUUACUGGUGGACUGGAUGCCCCAACAUGACCUGCUGGGCCACCCAAAGACCAAAGUGUUUGUAGCUCAUGGAGGCACCAAUGGUGUCCAGGAGGCCAUAUACUAUGGUGUUCCCAUAGUUGGCUUACCUUUGGUAUUAGAUCAACCUGACAAUCUAUCUAAGAUGGUAGCGAAAGGAACAGCAAAAGUGGUGGACAUUACCAGCAUGGACAGAGCAGUGUUUGUGGAGGCACUAAGGGAGGUGCUGCAUGAACCAUCCUACAGGGAGAACAUGCAGCAGCUCUCCAGGAUCCACCAUGACCAGCCCAUGAAGCCUCUGGACCGCGCCAUCUUCUGGAUUGAGUUUGUGAUGAGGAACGGAGGUGCUCCUCACCUUCGCACACAGUCCUUCAGGAUGUCCUGGGUUGUUUACCAUUCUGUAGACAUAAUACUGACACUAAUGACUGCUCUGCUGUUCCUUCUGCUGAUUGUCUUCCUGAUCAUCAAGAAAUGCCUCUCAGUCUUAGUUAAGAAGAAAGUGAAAUCUGAAUAACAUGUUCACAUUAUCUUAGAAUUCUUUG